AUUUUAAUUAUUAUUAUUAACAAAAACAAAUACUUUCUCACGUAACAAAUCCUUCCAUCUUCUUCCUUCCCUGUAAAUCGCAGGAUCUAACAAGUUGGUGUGGACGAGGAAAUUGAAUUGGCUAAACAAGUUGACAAACCCUUCUUUACCUCAAAUUUUCAAAUCCUUCCAUUGUAGCAAAUCAACAUUCAUACUUUCAUUGUAGCAAAUCAAACGAGCAAAGACAACUGGUUUGGAUCGAUCGAGAAGCAGAGCAAAGUGAAGACAACGGAAGGUUCUUUGAGGCUUUGAGUCAUGGAGGGUAGACCAAACAGUCAAAAUCCAUUGUUCGUGAACGUAGCUUCAGGGGAAAUGUUGUUAGAGAGUUGUUGAACAAGUGGCCAGAUCUUACUCAAAUGAUCGAUGAGAAUGGGAAUUCUGCAUUGCAUCAUGCUUGUAAUAAAGGACACAGAGAGAUUGUAUGGAUACUACUAACACGCGAUUCAAAUCUUUCUUUACAAUACAACAACAAUGGUUAUACACCAUUGCAUCUUGCAGUGAUGAAUGGGAAAGUCUCAAUCCUCAACGAUUUUGUAUCGGGAAGUGCUGCAUCGUUUCACUAUACCACAAGAGAAGAAGAGACAGUAUUUCAUUUAGCUGUGAGAUAUGGAUGCUAUGAUGCUUUGGUUUUCUUGGUGCAGGUUGCAAAUGGUACAAACUUAUUGCACUGCCAAGAUAGAUAUGGCAACACUGUCUUACAUCUAGCAGUUUCAGGCGGUCGCCAUAAGAUGACAGAUUUCUUGAUCAACAAGACAAAGCUGGAUAUCAAUAUUAGGAAUAGUGAAGGGAUCACAGCACUUGACAUUCUUGAUCAGGCUAUGGACAGCAUAGAAAAUAGGUACCUACAAGCAACAUUCAUCCGAGCUGGUGCUAAGAGAAGCCUCCAAUCUUCCUCCUUUUCACUUGAACUAGACAAGACCAAUUUUCCCUCACCACCAUCUAGGCGUUCUCCGUCGCGAAGGUAUAUAUCUAAUGAAAUGGAAGUGCUAAGCGAAGUGGUUUCUUAUGAUUGUAUUAGUCCUCCACCGGUUAGCAAAAGCACUGAAUCUAGAUCACCUCAGCCUCAAAUAAGUGAGAGGUUUGAGAAUGGAACCUAUAAUCCAUAUUACUUCUCACCGACUAAUUUAGUGAAACACAAGCAUCAUAAUAACAAAGAAAAAACGGAAAAUAUGAACCAUACUAAGAGGAAAAACUAUCAUGAGAUGCACAAAGAGGCAAUACUAAAUGCAAGAAACACUAUUGUAUUAGUGGCUGUUUUGAUUGCAACUGUAACUUUUGCUGCUGGUAUUAGUCCACCUGGUGGUGUGUACCAAGAAGGACCAAUGAGAGGCAAAUCAAUGGUUGGUAAAACAUCAGCUUUUAAGGUAUUUGCAAUAAGCAAUAACAUAGCACUUUUCACCUCAUUAUCUAUAGUUAUUGUUCUUGUUAGUGUCAUUCCAUUUAGAAGAAAACCACAAACAAUACUAUUGAUCAUUGCUCACAAGGUUAUGUGGGUCGCUGUUGCGUUUAUGGCAACUGGUUAUGUUGCAGCUACAUGGGUGAUUUUGCCACAUAAUCAAGGGAUGCAAUGGCUAACUGUUGUGUUAAUAGCACUUGGUGGUGGCUCUUUAGGUACAAUUUUCAUUGGUCUUAGCGUGAUGCUUGUUGAACAUUGGCUUAGGAAAUCUAAGUGGAGAAAGAAAAGAAAGGAAAGUGGGGAUGGAAAUGCAGAUUCAGAUAAGGAAAGUGAAAAUUCAGAUUUUCAAAGCUCUUAUCUACAAGGUUACCAUUCAUAUUGAUUCAUUUGUUGGCUCCUAAGAUGAAAAUAUUAUGUACUAUGUGUAGAAAAUUAUUUGUACAUUAAAUAUCACUUCUUCAAGAAUGUUAACUAUGUAUAUUCCAAAAUAUUUUCUAAAACUGUUUCAUACAGCAGAAUCAGGCAGAAAAAGUUAUAGCACGGUAACAUCGGAAAUUCUAAA